AUGUCCGCAACACAAUGCACCAGACUCCUCACAAGACACAUCCCUCAAGUGAGGAGAAAACGACAACUACAAAACCCACAUGUCACCCUCGUCGGCAGUCCAUCUCCAAGUCACAACCCAACCAUUGACUCCGACCGACUCCCCUACCGACUUUACGAGCUCUCGCUCAAGAAGAUCCGCAAAGAGGCACACGCCGCCGAGCCCGAUCUCCGCCAUGUCAUUGCGGGAAUCUCAAUGCAAAAAAGUGUUUCUAGCGCAGUCCACGAUGACCUCCUACACCAAGUCGAUAUGAUCGAAAAUGCCAGACCAGGAAGGAUUCCUCUCCUGCCGGGCGCAGAUGAGCCAUGGGAACAUGAAGAGGUCGUAUCAAACCAGCCUGCUAAUCCCAAUGCUUGGGAUAUGCGGAUUCUCGACCAGGCCCUCUGUGAGAUGGAACGGGCUAGCAGAAAGGGAGAAGUGGCGAAAACGGUGUGUUUCCAGUUGAUUAGUGAGAUGUAA